CUUCUUCUUCAUGUUGCCUUCUGAGUUCUGAUCUUCCCAAACGAUUUCGAGUUAUUCUGCCGCCCACGCUUCGUCGCCGACCCGUAAUUGAGUAAUUUCGGGUGAAAUAGUGCGACGUCGUUCAAUUUCUUCGCCAAUUUCGAUCAGAAAUAGUACAAUUUAUUCGAGGUCUUUUUCUGGAAGUUAGCUCAACUCAGCAUCAGGUCUUCUUCUUCACAUCUCAGUCCAGUCUUUGUUGGGGUUUUGUAAUGAGAUCUGGAAGUUAGCUCAUUUUUCCAGUAUUGGAAUUAUAAGUUUUGUGAGAUAUUGAAAUAUGAUCUCGGAUUGGUUGAUAAUAAUUCACGAAUGUAUAGUUUUGAAUGAUUUCAUCUCGUGAUCAACAUUAGGUUCUGAAUAAACGUCUGAUUUUUACUGAAUUAGAAUUUGAUGUGUAUAUCGUUAAUAUCCAACAGAUUUCGAUCAAGCUCGUCGCUUUUAGCAGUAGAGCUUGGAUCUGAUUUUUUUUUAUAAUUUCUGGUAAUGGCUACUCAUCCAACUCGUGGCUUUUAGAUUUAUAUGCUUCAUUGUUGACAGUUCUAUUCAGGCUUACUGUUGCUAUUGAGUGAUUGGUUCAUCCGUAAUAGGCGUCUUAAGGUUGAAUGGCGGACUUAGAGAAAUUGCUCCUUGAGGCGGCAGGAAGGACAAGUACUCCUGGGAGGAACAGGCAUUCAUCUCCACCAUCGAGGCGGAGGCGAAAAGGCUCAUAUUCUGACGAUGGAAGUGACUCAAAAAAUGAUGAUUCUGAUGGUGAUCGUGGGUAUUCGAGUAGAAAGCCAUCGGGCUCACAGGUGCCUCUAAAGAAGAGGUUGGACCCUGCAGAUAGAGAUGAUGACCGUAGUAGUGGUGAUGAGAAAGUUGAUUAUGAUCGUGAUCGUGACAGUGACAAUGAUUCCGUUGGGAGUGAUUUAUACAAGGAUGAAGAUGAUAGGGAAAAAUUAUCGAAGCUUACUGAGCUCGAACGUGAAAUGAUACUAGAAGCCCGUGCAACCAAGAGAAGUGACAGAGAUUUGACUGAGAAGCUGAAAAAAAGGAAAGGCCAAGACAGCAGAAAAGGAAGUCCCCCUAAAGCGCCUACACGUAACAUGCGCUCGAAAGCUCAAAGGGCGGGUGCAUUGGAUGAAUUGGUUAAACGAAGAAGAGAAUCAGCUAAAGGAUCUGGCAGCCGAUACUCACCUGUGAAGAGAAGAACUAUCACUUCUGCAACCUUGAGUAGCCCUAGCAGGAGCGAGAGUGGAUCUCGCAGUGAUGAAGAUUUGACAGGUGAUGGUGGAUUGGCUGAUAGUGAUGAUGACAAGAUUCUGUCGGAGUCCAAAGUGCCAACUUUUGAAGACAUCAGGGAAAUCACAAUUCGCAGGUCAAAACUUGCAAAGUGGUUCAUGGAGCCCUUCUUCGAUGAACUGAUUGUUGGCUGUUUCGUGCGAGUUGGAAUUGGAAAGUCAAGGACUGGUCCCAUCUAUAGGCUUUGUGUGGUACGGAAUGUUGAUGCUACAGACCCUGAUCGACAGUAUAAGCUUGACAAUAAGACCACAUACAAGUACCUGAAUGUGGUUUGGGGCAAUGAGAGCUCCGCUGCUAGGUGGCAGAUGGCAAUGAUUUCCGAUGCUGCUCCUUUAAGGGAGGAGUUUGAUCAGUGGGUUAGGGAGGUUGAGCGCAGUGGUGGUCACAUGCCUUCAAAACAGGAUGUUUUGGAUAAGAAGGAUGCCAUCCAGAAAACAAAUUCAUUCGUCUACUCUGCAGCCACUGUAAAGCAGAUGCUGAAGGAGAAAAAAUCAGCCACGUGGAGGCCGCUAAAUGUUGCAGCGGAGAAAGAUCGUCUGAGGAGGGCGUUGGAAGUAGCCAAGGAGAACGAUGAUGAGGUAGAUGUGGAUAGGAUAAAGGCGAGGCUAAAAGAAUUGGAAGCAAGUCGCCGGGUCCAGGUGAAAGACUCCAAGGCAAUUAAGCUGGCAGAAAUGAACAGGAAGAACAGGGUGGAGAAUUUCAAAAAUGCAUCAGAGCUGAAGCCGAUUAAUUCUGGUUUGAAAGCUGGAGAGGCCGGGUAUGAUCCUUUCUCGAGAAGAUGGACUAGAUCGAGGAAUUAUUACGUGGCGAACAGCAAUGGAGGAGGAGCAGCUGGUGUGCCGAAUGAUGAAGCAGUUGCUGCUACACGUAGUGACAAUGGAGCGGGAGGAGGUCUUGCGGAGAUGGGAAUGGAAGCUACAGCUGCGGCCAUCGAAGCAGCAGCAGAUGCUGGCAAGUUGGUGGACACAAGAGCUCCAGUUGAUCAAGGGACUGAAUCAUACAUGCUACAUAAUUUCGAACUGCCCAUAUCGCUAGCUGUGCUUCAGCAAUUCGGGGGCCCUCAGGGAGCCCAAGCCGGAUAUAUGGCUAGAAAACAGAUGAUCGAAGCUACUCUCGGGGUGAGAGUGCCUGAGAGUGAUGGGAGGAGACACGCACUCACCCUGACCGUCAGCGACUAUAAGAGACGAAGGGGUCUGCUCUGAAUCCUCGCUUGUCGGCUGUUUUGCCCGUCUCCGUCUCAGCUUCGUACUCGCCUUUGAACUGGUUACGUUAUCUCAGUUGUUGUGUUCAGACUAGAGUGAAUUAUGGCAAGACUACUUCUAAGAUGAAAGGCAGAUUGUUAUUGCAAGAAUUGUCAAACGUUAUACGUAAGGGGACAUCAUUUGCUCAA